AUGCAAGAAUAUAAACCAAAUGAUCUCUAUACCCUUCCAUCAACCUAUAAAGGUCCAGGUUUUCCAUCAGUUACAACAACACCAGAUUCAUCAUCAAAUGUCGAAGUACCAAAAACAUUUACAUCAAUUACUAUUAAAAAUAUGACAUUAAAAAAUAGAACUGUUGUUUCUCCAAUGUGUAUGUAUAGCUCAGAAGAUGGUUUUAUGAAUGAUUUCCAUCUUGGUCAUUAUACCAGUUAUGCUAGAGGUGGUGCUUCAUUAAUAGUAUUUGAAGCUGCUGCAACAUUAGCAAAUGGUAGAAUUUCAUAUGCAGAUGCAGGUGUUUACAAAGAUGAACAUAUUGCACCAAUGAAAAGAAUUACUGAUAAUAUUCAUUUAUAUAAUUCAUAUGCUGGUAUUCAAUUAGCACAUGCAGGUAGAAAAGCAUCAUCAAAUCCACCAUUUUUGGAUAAUGCUAGAUUUUCAAUUCCAGAAAGUGAAGAUGGUAAAGGUUGGAAAACUUAUGGACCAUCACCAAUUGCAUUUAAUGAGAAUAUGUCAGUACCAAUUGAGAUGACAUUGGAUGAUAUUAAGGAAGUGAUUGAUUCAUUUAGAUUGGCAGCAGAGAGAUGCGAAAAAGCAGGAUUUGAUUUCAUUGAAAUUCAUGGUGCUCAUGGUUAUUUAAUUAAUCAAUUCCUUUCACCAACUUCAAAUAAACGUACUGAUCAAUAUGGUUGUGGUUCAUUUGAGGAUAGAUGCAGAUUCUUAUUUGAUAUUGUUAGAGCAAUUCGUUCAGUUUGGCCAGUUGAGAAAGCAUUGGGUGUGCGUUUAUCAUGUGAGGAAUGGUGUGAAGGUGGUUGGACAUUAGAUGACACAAUUAGAGUUGCAAAGAUUUUGGAGACUAUGGAUGUCGACGUAUUCGAUUGCUCCUCUGGUGGCAAUUCAAUGUCUCAAUCAAUCACCAUUGGUCCAUGCUAUCAAGUACCAUUGGCUCAUGCCGUUAAAAAGGCUACCUCUAAAUUAUCUGUUGCUUGCGUUGGUUUAAUUAAUUCUGGUAAAGAAAUUGAAGAAAUUCUUCAACAAGAUCGUGCUGAUUUAGUAUUUUUAGCAAGACCAUUCUUAAGAAAUCCACAUUUCACUUAUCAAGUUGCUCAUGAAUUAAAUAUUAAAAUUGAUUAUAAUAUUCAUUAUAAUAGAGGUAGAUUCACAAAUACUGCUUAUUAA